AUGAAAGAGCGCGAAGACGCGUCAGAUGAUGAUGAUGACGCGACGAGCGAAUCACGAUCACGGGAUGACGACGACGAAGAAGAAGAAGAAUCAUCGAGCGAGAGUUUCGACGACGACGAGUUCGUGCAGGACGAGGACGAGGACGAGGCGGAAGACGAGGACGAAUCACAAGGCGAGGACGAUGAUGAUUCAGAAGAAGAAGAAGACGAAGCGUUGGCGAGACCGGUGUCGAACGCCAUGCUCGGAAUGUCACGAGCGUUUCAAUCUUUGGUCGGGGACGACGAAGACGAAGACGAGACGACGGCAAUGUUGCCGAAGUCGAGAAAGCAACGCGCGGACGAAUUAGAAGCGAAGGCGGAAGAAAAAGAACGGCGCGCGAUUAAGCGCGCAAAACUUGAGGUGAAACAGCGCGGACACGUGAAACCACAGCCGCGCGGAAGAGAUGUGGAGAGCGACAUGUUGGAGCGGCGCCUGCACAACACGGCGACGAAGGGCGUCGUGCGCCUCUUCAAAGCCGUGGGUAAGGCUCAGCAAGACGCUGAGAAGGCAAAAACAAUGCGAAGAAAGGAUGCAUUGAUAUCUAAGGCUAAGUUCUUGGAAGAGUUGAGAGGGGAAAAGAAGUCAAAACAUGACGCCGACGAGAAGUCGACGAGCAAGGCGAGCUUUUUGCACAAUGACUUCAUGCUCGACGCGGGCAAAAAGAUGAAGGACUGGGAUCGCGAACAAAGCGCCGCGCCCAAAGACUUGGAGUACGAUGAAGACGAGGACGACGUGUUUUAG